AUAUCGGCAAAUACCUCUGGCAAUCUACUGAAAUCUUAGCGACUUUCCUAUAAGACUUGAACGGAAUCAUACCCAUCGAAGACCAGAUCACGCUGCGCUAGAUAUCGAGCAUUUGCAAACCAACUGAGGAGCGCGAGGCUUCCUAAAAUGGCACGAGCAAAGUACAUGAUGGCUAAUGCUCUAAGACUGUAAUUCCGCAAAUUGAGGGAAUCGCAGUCAGGGCUGAGUUAUUGGGAGUGAAGAAGCCAAGGCCCAGAAGAUGUUUAUCCUAUUGAAAAUCUGGAUCACAUCAGAUUUCUGCAUCCCAGACCCGGCUGACACAGGAGCUCCGGGAACGGCACAACCUAACAGCAACGGAUGCAUUUCUAACUGCGGAACGGAUAUCAUAACAUCAGCAGCACCGGACAGUUUUGCUAGGAUCGGCUACUUCGAGGCUUGGAAUGAUCAGAGACCGUGUCUGAAUAUGUGGCCUCAGAGUAUCCCGUCGUACUAUACACACGUGCAUUUUGCAUUUGCUAAUAUCUCUACCGAUUAUGACGUGGAUAUUAGCGCAGUUGAGGAAAUGUUCAAGCAGUUCAAGGCGAAAACCGGGUUUAAGCAUAUACUUUCCUUUGGAGGCUCGGCUUUCUCAACAUCGACCUUAUAAUCAAGGCCGGAUGCAUCGAGCGCGCCAUCGUGUCGGCCGGCGGGCCCAAGAUCUCUUGCCAGGGUCACGACUUGGAUAUUAAGAAACGGAUAGAUGAUGGGAUUGGAGGAGAAA